UCUCACUCGACGCGCUUAUCUCUACUUCUCGUUUUAGCUGCAAGUCAACAGGAUGUGCGCUGAAAACCACAACAGUCAGGAGAACUUUGCGCCUGUUUCAACACGUCGCAGCUUGAAGCAUCCAGGCGCAAAGCAGCUAUAAGCUGCCGCAGCCGCUUCCACCUUCAGAUUCACAUCAGAUCAUUUAAACCAUUUGUUUGGGAGAAGACCCAAUCCGAUCAUCCAGGCAAGGGGUUCUCUCCUCCUGCUUUAUUAACGCUCAUAUCUCAUGAGAGCCAGGCAAGUGAAAUGUGGGCCAAGUAAACAGGAGGGGGCUGUUAGAAAUAGGAGGAACAGGAAGAAAAGAAACGAGAGAGAAGGUUGACAGAGAGGGGGAGAGUUUGUCACAUAAAGAUAUUGACAAGACAAGCGAGGAGCCAAAGAUGAUACUCAGCCAGCUGCGGUGUACAGAGAUGAUGUUAUAAAGAGAUAAAGUCAAAAAAAUUAAGGGUUUGACAACGCCGAGAAUGGAAUGCUCAGCGACUGAAGCUGAAGUUGUCGCGGAGGAGCUGCUCGAACCUCUUAUCAUCACAGAGGACGGGGACAUAGCUGGAGCUGUCCCUGAACGAGACACAACAAGCAGCUCGGCUGCCGCCUCACACAACGGCUGCACCGACGAGUCUGCUCUUCAGCAGAAGGAGGAACUCUUGGGAGGGGACGAGAAAAAAGAAGCCGUGGAGAGUAAAACAUCCUCAGUGGAGCGGUUGGAAAAACAGCAGAGCGAAACUGAGGAUGGGCACAAGCCCGAAGCUGGUGAACUAGAGGGUACUGGAAGAAUAAACGAUGGACAGAAUAGUGAAAGUAAAGAGCCCUUGCUCAAAGGGACAGUGGGUCACGAAGAACCCCGUAAAACACAGGAAGAAAAGGUUGCACAAGAUGACCGCCGAGUGGAAAUAAGAAGGUUUCACGCCUCUGAGCAACUACCUAAAGAGGCGGAGGGCCAAGAGGAAGAUGCAAAAAAGGCUCACCAGUUAACCCCCGACUUCCCGGAGGCGCUGUUCGAGCUGCUCUGCACCCUUCAGGAGGGACGGCGUCUCAAUGAUCAGCGCUGCUCCUUCAGGCUUGAAGAAGGCGUUAGGAGGAGGAGAUGCCACUCGGAGCCCAACACCAGAAAACCAGCUCACAGAGUGGUCUUCUCCUCCAUGACUUCGCUGCAGAAAGAAGAGUUUUUUGACCUGGUGGCCACUGCACAAGCCCGCCGGCUGGAUGACCAGAGAGCACAUCUGGGAAAGAGCGCGGCUCCGAAACCCAAAUGCCGAAGUUUCAGAGGCAGCCUGAAACAACUCUCUGUAGUGAGAAAGCCAGAACCAGUUCCAGUCCCCGUCCCAAAGGAGGAUCUUUAUGACAUGAUUCUGACGACACAAGCCCAGGGUAGGCUGGAGGACCAGCGCAGCAGGGCUCCCGGCCCCAUGGAUGACGACGACUUCUUCUCUCUGCUUCUCAGGGUGCAGGGGGGACGCAUGGAUGAGCAGAGGACUGAACUGCCUCGUUUGCUGCAAACCUGAGAUGGAGAAGUCAAAACUGUGAGGCCAGUCUGGAGAGCCAAUCAGUGUUUUAGCCUUAUUUUUUCUUUUGCUUUGAUUUGACUCUUUUAAACCCUGAUGAUGCUUCGAUUUGAGAAAUUCUUCUCAUCCUGAUCGUUAUUCAGUGGUAAAGUUAACAUUGCAGCAAAUUUUUUGAUAAAUAGGACUUUUAAUGUGACUUUAGGUUUGUUCCAGAUACGUUUACCGUUAGUCUCUUUUCCUUAUUCGUGCCAUCAGCAGAUAUGCUUUCUUGGCUGAAAUUCUUCCUGAAUGUUUGCAUUGAACUGCUGAAAUAGGUGUGUGUGUGUUGUUGAGGAGGAAUGGAUGUCUGUUGGUCCUCCUCCUACAGAACGUACAGGAUAGAAACACCAAGAUGACGAUGACGAGGAGGAAGCUUCAUUUCCUCACUGUUUAUGAAGAUUCUCCUCCUGAAUAAACAAAAUGUGUCUUUGAAAUGUU